CCAAGCCAAGCAAAAAAUCAUAAAAGAAGUGCCAACAAAUUGCCAUACUGUAGAGAGUGAAUGAGUAGGAAUCAUGUGAUCUUUACCCAUCUAUGCACCCUCUCUCUACUUUGAAAAGGCUCACAACCAACAAGUUUCUUUUUGUGUUUGUGUUUGUGUUUGUCUUUGAUAUCUCUCUCUGAGCCUUAUGUUCAAUGGCUUCAAGUGCUUCAAGGUUCAUCAAAUGUGUAACAGUGGGUGAUGGGGCUGUUGGCAAGACUUGUAUGCUUAUUUGCUAUACCAGUAAUAAAUUCCCCACUGACUACAUACCAACUGUGUUUGACAACUUUAGUGCAAAUGUAGUAGUUGAAGGCACCACUGUCAACUUAGGUCUUUGGGACACAGCUGGGCAAGAGGAUUACAACAGAUUGAGGCCCUUGAGCUAUCGAGGGGCGGAUGUAUUCGUCUUAGCUUUCUCACUAGUUAGUCGUGCAAGCUAUGAGAACAUACUUAAAAAGUGGAUCCCUGAACUUCAGCAUUAUGCCCCUGGAGUCCCAUUAGUUCUGGCUGGCACCAAAUUGGAUAUACUCGUUUAUAGUAUCAUGUGGUAUUUUAUGAUGGCCUUUGCCUGGCACUGUUUUUUAUAUAUUGCACUGCUCAAUUGGACAACAGACCUUCGUGAUGAUAAGCACUAUUUGGCUGAUCAUCCUGGAUUGGUGCCUGUGACUACUGCACAGGGAGAGGAGCUACGUAAACAGAUUGGUGCUACAUAUUAUAUUGAAUGCAGCUCCAAAACUCAACAGAACGUGAAAGCAGUUUUUGAUGCUGCAAUCAAGGUAGUUAUCAAGCCGCCACAAAAACAGAAGGAGAAGAAGAAAAAGCAACGUCAAGGAUGUUUAGUAAAUGUUUUCUGCGGGAGGAGCCUUGAGUGUCUAAAAUGAAAUUUGUCUUCUGAUAUUGAGAAAUUAGAGUUCAUCUUCACAUGUCCCGCCAGGUCAAGGUAUACACUUGGAUGAUCUCUAAUCUAUCACUGAGUAUCAGGUGCCUCUGAAUUCAUUACUUCCGUGCUCACUGGGCUUGGUAGAGAGCAGUAGAUAUACUAUCAAGCAGCCAUACUAUCACUUCCAUCAUGGCUGUUUUUGCCUUGUUAUUGAUUUUGUUUUUUAUUUUUAUUUUUUUAUUUACUAUUUAAGAGCAAUGUGACAUUUUCAGCUUUGAAUUGUAUGUUAAUGAGUGGAAGGAGUGAAUAUAUAUAUAUAUAUAUAUAUAUAUGUUUUUAAUGCUAGUUUUUCUUCACUAA